AUGAAGGCGAACACACUCGUUUCUGUCCUUGGCCUUUCAAGCAGCGCCAUGGGCGCUGUCGCUUCUCCUCGAAGCACCCAGGAGCCCUUUGGUUACAAAUCCGGCUCGAAAGAGUCCAUUGCCAACCUGAAGGACAAGGUGGAGAACGUGGUCUGGAUCCUUCUGGAGAAUCGUGCUUUCGACAACAUGCUGGGUGGUGUUCACCGCAAUGGGCUAGACAACGUGGUCAACAAUGGGCCUUUCUACAAUCCCCAGCAGGUCAAUGACCCCUCAAGCAAGAAGUGGCCUAGCCAGUACAAGGACUUUGACUCGGUCCUUCACGAUCCCGAUCACUCUGUGACCGGAAACAACUUCGAGUUCUACGGAACUUACACUCCCGAUAACCAAGCCAUCUCCAAUGGCACCUUGAAGCCUAAUCUGAAGGGCUUCGUGGACCGCCAGCUGUCUUCCUACCCUGGCCUCGAUCCCCAGCGUGCCACCCAAGAAGUCAUGGGCUACUACUCGGAGGACGAACCUACCAACCCCAACCGUCUCUGCGCUCUUGCCGGAACGGCCGAUGGCCACGGUAAAAAUGACGAGAGCUUCUUGGACUCGACUGUGACCGUCAAGAGUAUCUUCGAGGCCGCCACGGAGAAAGGAAUCUCAUGGAAGAACUACGACGGCACCGACGGGGCUUUCCUGCCGGAUGCGCUCUUCUUCGACUGGACCGCCAAGAACGCCAACAGCAGCGUUGUACCUCUAGAGUACUUCUACCAGGAUGCCUACCUGGGUCUGCUGCCCCAAAUCUCCUAUAUCAACCCCUCCUGCUGCGGUCUGAACACCAACUCCAUGCACCCCUCCGGCAACGUUUCUUUCGGCCAAGUUCUGCUGAAGCAGGUGUACGAUGCUGUUCGCGCUGGCCCCCAGUGGGAGAAGACCCUUCUUCUCAUUACUUACGACGAGACGGGUGGCUUCUUCGACCACGUUGCUCCUCCUGCUGCCGUCCGCCCCGACGAUAAGACCUACACCGAAACUGCUCCCAAUGGCGAGAGCUAUACUCUCACCUUCGACCGUUUAGGGGGCCGUAUGCCUACCUGGCUGGUGUCUCCUUACGCCCCCAAGGGCUAUAUCGAGAACUACGGUGUGGACCCAGCUACCGGCAAGGCCUCUUCCUACAGUGCUACCUCUGUUCUGAAGACCCUUGGCUACCUCUGGGAUCUGGAGGACUUGACUCCUCGUGUGGCGCACUCUCCUGCUUUUGACCACUUGAUUGGUCCCUGGCUUCGCCCGUCGAAGGAAACUCUCCAAACCCCCCACACCUUUCCUGAUGCUCAGUAG